AUGGAUCAUGGGAGUGUGGUCCCCGAGAUUGUGUCAUUUCAUGUAUUGGAAGAAAUGACAGAUAGUUUCUCUGAAUACCGCAAAUUAGGCAGUGGCUCAUAUGGAGAAGUUUAUAUGGGUGAGAGUAAGGAUGGAAAGAAGAUUGCUGUCAAGAUGCUCCAUGACAUUAUAGGACUUAACAAUGAUCAAUUUGACACAGAGUGUCUCAAUCUCGCAUCUCUUCGGCACCAUAAUAUUGUGCAACUGGUUGGCUAUUGCCACGAAACCCGGCGAGAAUACAUAAGGUACAAGGGAAAGGUUGUUCAUGCUCAACAGAUAAAGAGGGCGCUUUGCUUGGAGUACAUGUAUAAUGGAAGCCUUGAAACAUUUCUUUCUGACAAAUUGAAAGGAAAUGAUUGGUCCACACGUUAUGCAAUAAUAAAGGGAAUCUGCAAUGGUUUAAAAUACCUUCACGAGGAACUGGAACCUCCAAUGUAUCACUUGGAUUUAAAACUAGCUAAUAUAUUGCUGAAUGAGAAUAUGGUACCGAAAAUCGCAGAUUUCGGCUUGUCGCGGUUCUUUGAGGGUCAAAAACCACAAAGGACAAAAAGUAUUAUAGGAACACGUGGAUACCUACCGCCGGAAUACAUUGAUGGUGAAAUAAUCUCAGUCAAGUCUGACAUAUUCAGCUUAGGUGUUGUGAUCAUAAAGAUAGUGACAGGGCCUAAGGGCUACUUCAGAAGAGCUGAAAUGACUUCCCAGCAAUUAACUAAGAAUGUGCUCGAGAAAUGGAGAAAAAAGAUACAUGCAACAUCAGACUAUGAGUUAGAGUCGUAUUCCAAACAAGUAAAGAGGUGCGUUGAAAUAGCUUUAAGUUGCUUGGAGGCUGAUCGAAGCAACAGGCCAAGUAUAGGGGAUAUUAUCCGUAAGCUGAAUGAGACAGAGGCUAUGCAUCAAAUUGACAGUGGAUUUACAUAUGACAAAGGGUUGUCAUUUUCAUCUAUAAACCAGAGCCCUCGGUUGAAGAUGACAACGAGCGCCAAGUGCAGGGUGCUCACAUCGAGAUCACUACGGAUUGCCAACAAUCAGCCCCAGUACUGGAAAUGGAUUCCUGCUCCAGAUUCGACUUCCAGGUUUGCCGAAUGCGCGGAACUCCUGAGUGUGUACUUUCUCGCCGUCAUCGGAGAGAUCCCGCCGAGGGACCUCUCCGCCGGCACAAGCUAUGCAGUUUACCUCGUGUACAAGCUGGCGAGAACCACCUAUGGCCUGAGGGGCUCCGUGCAGACAUCGUCACUCAGGCUCCACGGCGAGAGGAUCGUCCCCGGCAGCACCCGCGGGGUCAGCCUCCACCCCGAAGGGCGCGGGUCAGCCAAUGAUGUUACCUACCCCAACGCGAGGGGCGACGGCUGGCUGGAGCUCAGGCUGGCCGAGUUCGAAAACGACGACGAGAUGCUCACAGAGAGGGGGGUGAUCGUGGAUCUCCGUGAGGAGAAUGACAGCGUCCAGAAGAAAGGCCUCAUCAUUGGGGGCGUGGAGUUUAGGAGCAACUAG